UGAGAUAUGGACUCCUGAUUUUAAGUGAUCUGGCGCCAUCUAAUGGCUGAAUUGUGAACUACACUUUCUCACAACAUUACAAUUUCAAUGUUACAGAAAAGCUUUAUUUUUAAAUUUAUAUAUUUGAUUAUUUCUUGUUCUUUUAGAACCUUAUAAAAGGUAGCAGUUUCAAGGCAUAGAAUUGACAUAACAUAAUACUUUACAUUUUACUGUCCCUAUUAUUUAUAAUAUAUUAAUUGUAAUGAAAAGCAAUGCACAUUAUUGACGUGAGGGUACGUCACAAAUUAAAACAUGUCAAAUCGUUAAAGCAUAUAAAUACAAAAUAUUACCAAAGUAUUUAAAAAAACGUAUUUUUAUUGCGUUUUUGUUGUAGUUGUAUUAUAAUUGCCACUCACGUGCGCGUUCACGCAGCCCCCAGCGCGUCCCCAGUCACAGUGCUCCCUCAUCGCGCCUGCGCAGAGAAAUACAAGAUGGCGGAGAGUGCGGAACUGAAGCAAAUGGUGAUGAGCCUACGGGUGUCAGAGCUGCAGGUCCUGCUGGGCUACGCCGGCCGCAACAAACACGGACGUAAGCAUGAGCUGCUAACCAAGGCGUUACAUCUGAUAAAAGUGGGCUGCAGCCCCGCCGUGCACAUGAAGAUCAAAGAGCUGUACCGCCGACGCUUCCCUGCCAAAAUGUUGUCCCACUCGGAGCUCUCCCUGCCCGGCCCGCAUCACCCAGCCACCGCGGGGGUGGUUGGAGGAGGCGGAGCUGCGUUACCCGCCGGCCUCACGCAGCUGGCGUACGAGGGUCACGCGGGUCACGGCGGAGCCCCGUCACCCGCCGCCUUACUACCCCUCUCUCUGCUCGGUCCCGGGAAACACGAGCUGACCGGCUUGACGCACCACCUCUCCGCCACGGGUCCUCUGCACCCCGUCCACCCAGAUGUGAAGCUCCAGAGGUUGCCGUUUUAUGACAUGUUGGAUGAACUCAUCAAACCAACCAGUCUAGCUUCGGACAACAGCCAGAGAUUUCAGGAGACGUGUUUCGCCUUUGCAUUAACGCCACAACAAGUCCAGCAGAUCAGCGGUUCAAUGGACAUCUCGGGGACCAAAUGUGAUUUCUCAGUUCAAGUCCAGUUGCGGUUUUGCCUGUCAGAGACCAGCUGUCCUCAGGAAGAUCAUUUUCCACCCAGUUUGUGUGUGAAAGUUAAUGGGAAGCCAUGUAACCUGCCGGGUUAUCUUCCUCCAACCAAAAACGGCGUUGAGCCCAAGCGGCCCAGCCGACCCAUCAACAUUACCUCACUGGUCAGAUUGUCCACCACAGUUCCUAACACCAUCGUGGUGUCCUGGACCGCUGAGAUUGGAAGGAAUUACUCCAUGGCAGUGUACUUGGUGAAGCAGCAGUCAUCCACAGUGCUCUUACAGAGGCUACGGGCCAAAGGCAUACGGAACCCAGACCACUCCAGAGCACUCAUCAAAGAGAAGCUAACAGCAGACCCGGACAGUGAAAUCGCCACAACUAGCCUUCGUGUGUCGUUGCUCUGCCCGCUCGGGAAGAUGCGGCUGAUGAUUCCGUGCCGGGCGCUGACGUGCUCCCACCUGCAGUGCUUUGACGCCACGCUGUAUAUCCAAAUGAACGAGAAGAAGCCCACCUGGGUGUGUCCUGUUUGCGACAAGAAGGCCCCCUAUGAACACCUCAUCAUUGACGGGCUUUUUGUGGAGAUCCUCAACAGCUGCACGGAUUGCGACGAGAUCCAGUUCAAGGAAGACGGCAACUGGGCCCCCAUGAGGGCAAAAAAAGAAGUGCAAGAAGUCUCCUCUGCCUCCUUAAACAGCAGCCUGAACGGUCCAUCAUGUCUGACGUCCGCUAGCUCCGACCAGCAGGGCUACUCGUCCGCUAACCACAGCGACAUCAGCAAGGACAAGAAAACGGCGGUGAUAGACUUGACGUUAGACAGUUCCUCGGAAGACGAAGGACAGGACGCUCCGUCGCCACCGCCGCCGCCGCCAUCGUCCCAGCCUACGCUUCCUCCUCCAGCCAAGCGAGCCUGUCCAUCCAUGUCCCCGACGUCGUCGCCCGUCCUCAACAAAGGUGUGUUGAACCUGCACCACCAGGCCUCUCCUGUGAGCCGUGCUCCCAGCAUGCCCGCUGUGGACGCUAGCUACAUGCCUCCGGUGCCCCCGCUCAUCCAGGACUAUCGACCUUACUACCACGCCCCCGGUGACCUGCCAGAUUUGAACUUCUUCUCUUUCCUGCAAGGUGACAAUCAUCAGCAUUACAACAUGGUCAUGGCGGCAGCGGCGGCCGCCUCCACCUCGGACGACCACGAGCUGCUCCUCAACCGCUUCCUGCCCUACAGCACCACCGCCGCCUCGGCCUCAUCCCAGCUGUUCCUGGAUCAGUCGGGAGCCUCUUCGGCUUCGUCUUCGCUCACCGUCCCGACAAACGGCGCGGGCAACUCGGUCGUCAACAGCAGCAGCAGUAGCAGCAACCUCGUAUCGUCCGCCAGCCUCCGCGACACGCACUCCUUAUCCUCGCACACGCCGCACUCCCACGCAGGGGUGCUGGCCGCGCGGGGUAGCGCCGAGGCGGCGGCGGUGGCGGCUCUUUACGGCGGAAUACCUGACAUUAUUUCGCUGGACUGACGCAAAGAACCCAUUCCGAGACUUGCCGGAUUGUAGCGCGGGACAAGCACCAAGGGAGUCUUUCCUCGCCGUACGAGCAGCGGUCUCGUACGGGUCGGCUGAGACUUCAUCAGCACCGCCGCCGUCACGGAACCAACAAGCCAGAACACGCAACAGGAAGCUCUUUUUUUUUUUUUUAUUACGAACACGAGGAGAGGCGGCGUGCCGAGAGAACAAAAUCUAUUUUCUUCUUUUACUUUUGUACGCGCCAUCAGGGGGGGCACGGCCGCUUCCGUUGAUGUUUUUAAGCGAGGACAUCACACGCCGGGGUGUCACUUCCUGUCCGGUGCCGGUGUGUCCCAUUUCCUUCCACAGUCGAUUAUUGCUUGAACGCAAUAUGCAUUCCGUGGGGGAGGGGUCGCUUUCACUUCCUUUCAAGACUCGGUAUUAUAGCAUUUACACGCGUUUCAUCGUCACUUUAUUUAUAUUUGUAAAUUAAUAUUAAGAGCUGGAAGGAUUUUUUUUUUAUUAUUAUUAUUAUUAAUGCCAAAAAUAAGAAGGUACCUUGAUGAUGGUCACCCCCCCCCCCCCCCCCCCCCAUUUACACUGCUCACAAAAAGACUUUCUGGAUGUUCUAGAACUUCUUACAAGUGACCUUCAUUCCGCCUUCUUGAAACCUUUGAAUGCAACUUUCGAAGUCCAACUCUUCAAGUUUAAUUUUGCCCUUCAUCCAUCACGAGGGUUGUGGGGGGUGCUGGAGCCUAUCCCAGCUGUCUUCGGGCGAGAGAGGCGGGGUACAUCCUGGACUGGUGGCCAUGCAGCCAAUCACAGGGCACAUAUAGACAAACAACCAUUCACACUCACAUUCAUACCUAUUUGGACAAUUUGGAGUUGCUAAUUAACCUAGCAUGUUUUUUGGAAUGUGGGAGGAAACCGGAGAAAAGCCACGCAUACACGGGGAGAACAUGCAAACUCCACACAGAGAUAGCCGAGGGUGGGAUUGAACUCGGGUCUUCUAGCUGUGAGGCUAACCACUUGAACACUGUGCAGCCACAUUUGAAACUCAUUCAUUCAUUCAUUUUCUACUGCUUUUUCCUCACAAGGGUCGCAGAGGGGUGCUGGAGCCUAUCCCAGCUGUCUUCGGGUGAGAGAGGCGGGGUACACCCUGGACUGGUGGCCAGCCAAUCACAGGGCACAUAUAGACAAACAACCAUUCACACUCACAUUCAUACCAAUUUGGACAAUUUGGAGUCGCUAAUUAACCUAGCAUGUUUUUUUUUGAAUGUGUGAGGAAAAACCGGAGUACCCGGAAAAAAACCCACACAUGCACCGCGGAGAACAUGCAAACUCCACACAGAGAUGGCCGAGGGUGGAAUUGAACCCUGGUCUCCUAGCUGUGAGGUCUGCGCGCUAACCACUCGACCGCCGUGCCGCCCGAGAUGUAAACAAUCGCUCACUUUUCUGUGCCAGAGGCAUCCACGACCCGGACCACAUGGGAUGCACCAAUUUGUAAUGGAAUGAGUUAAUGGAAUGGCCACUCCAAAUUGUCCAUAGGUAUGAAUGUGAGUGUGAAUGGUUGUUUGUCUAUAUGUGCCCUGUGAUUGGCUGGCGACCAAUCCAGGGUGUACCCCGCCUCUCUCGCCCGAAGACAGCUGGGAUAGGCUCCAGCACCCCCCGUGACCCUUGUGAGGAUAAGCGGUAGAAAAUGAAUGAAAGGUGUGUCCCAUUACGCUGCCUCUUUUUUUUUUUUAGCUCUUUUUAUAUCUUUAUAAAGCACAGACAAGUGAGUGAUGUGUUUAUAUCUCACAUAUUCUAAAAGAACGUGCCAAGGCUUUGUUAUCCAUGUGUGUGGAAAGUAGUCCGGAAAAAAUGGUGCGGUCCACUUUUCCGGGUCUCACAGUCAAACAACCAAAACAGAUCCUGAAGAAUCAGAUCCAGGCCAUGAGCACCCUUGCCCUACUUAGUACCCACUGGAAGAGAUCCAAACCACUGGCAUCAAGACAAGAAAGCUCCUUCGUCUGCACGGACGGAUCCAAGUCCCGAGUCCGGCAUCCUCAGGUGACACCCGGAAGCGAAAAGACAGGAAACCGAGGACGAGUGAGCGUCACCAGGAAACAGACCUUCAAGGUAAGUAGGAGGAGCCAGAUAGGCCCUGCAUGGCAUGUACCACCGACACAUUCACUUAGGCGGCUAACAUGGGGACCAACCGAGGCCGGGGGUCGAACACGUGGGACAGACAGGAUGGGGGGAUAUAGUGUACCGGAUCAUCCGUAGCAAACAUGGACUCUUGUGUUGCGUUUGCGUCUUUUUGAUCGACAAGCCGCCAGAAAGCGUUCGAUUGUGAAACAAACGCCAGACGCCAUGACGGCGCUCGGUAGAGGAUUCGAAAAUCAAUUGGCACGCAACGAGAUAAAAUAAGGGGGCGUUGGGGGUUGCAUCCGCCAUCUUGGUAAUUAUUCCCACUCAAAUGCUGCAAUUAACAUCUAAACAACAAAAUUGUGGGCUUGGAGGCAAAGGCAGCACACUUCACUAGCGCUAACACUUGCAUUGUUGCUGGUACGUAGCAUGCUAUGCUACAUUUGGGGGGCGGGGGGAAGGGGGCGUUUACUGUCCACACAUCAUCUUUUGGUGGCCCCUCGCAUUUUGUAAAAAUAAAAUCAGUAUUAAAAGACUUCCAAAAAGCUACCAAGAAGGUUUUGUGGUUUUGUAUCCAUGCUAUAGUAGCAUGUAGUAGCAUGUAGUAGCAUGUAGUAGCAUGUAGUAGCAAGUACAUUUUGGGAACUUCAUUGAGUGCAUUGAUGUUACAUAGCAAUGUACAAAGGGUGUACAACAUACCCCUGCUGGGAAAAACCAGCACAGACCAGCAUACGUUUUGGUGUUUUGGUGCUGGUCUGGAGGUCCACCAGACCAGCACCACCAGCACGAAAACGUGUCCCAUUACGUACAUUCUUAGGUGCCUUUUAU